AACCAGUUAGCUCAGUCCGGGCAGAGAGCGAAGUAGCAGAAGCAGAAGACGACUACGAGAUCGCUGCGGAGGAGGAGGAAGAGGACAGUGGUAGCGGCAGAAGAAGCUCGCAUAGCCAAUCGAAGAUGAAUACGGACAUCACAGCGUCGACGAAGCCCGAGUACCCAGUCAUAGAUCGGAACCCUCCCUUCCCCAAAGUCGUCGGCAAUUUCAGCACCCUCGAUUACCUCCGCUUCACCACCAUUACCGGCAUCUCCGUCACCGUCGGCUACCUCUCCGGGAUUAAGCCUGGGAUAAGGGGGCCGUCGAUGGUGACGGGCGGUCUCAUAGGGCUGAUGGGCGGGUUCAUGUACGCCUACCAGAACUCCGCAGGUCGACUUAUGGGUUUCUUCCCCAACGAAGAUGAGGUAGCUCGUUACAAGAAAUGAACUUUUUGUUAUCCCCAUUGUUAAGGGUUUUGCCCUUUGGUCAUCGAAUUGCCCCGCAAAUGUUCCUUCUUCUCGGUUCGAUUAGGUCGUGUUGAAAUAAUCCUGAAGAUUGCCUCUCUCUUAGCUGUUCAAGUUUCUGACUUGUUCGGGUACCGAGUUGUACUACUGGUGAGCCGUUAUUUUGUUCGAGGACUAAUGCUUGGCAAUUGGGAUCAUCCGUUCUGCUGUUUUCUUGCGUUUUCUGUGAUUUAAACUUGUACUUUCAUUUAAUUAAGGUCUGCUGCUCCGAUAAUGUAGUUCUGGAGUGGCAUCAUAUCGACUCUGCAA